UCUGGUAAGUUCCCGGUUGCUGUAGCAGCAUUUGAGGAAGUUCCUCAGCAAGCAGCACACCCGUAGCUAACCGUGACAGUGGAGGAAGCUAGAGAAGGGGGAAUGGAGCGCCGGGCUUCAGAAUUCAGAUCUCUCAACUAAAAAAAAAAAAAAGGUGCGGAUGCCAUUUUGAAGCUCACCACGUGGCGGAGAAAUGAACUGAGGUGGAGCUCCCCCGUCCCACGAUGGAGGAAGGGGCAUCUCUGCUUGUGGCUGAAUGGCUCAGAGCCCUUCACCUGGACCAGUACUUGGAGAGCUUUGAGAAGAACGACCUCUGGAAGGUGUCGGACUGCAGGAACCUGACGGAUGAGACGCUGACUCAGAUCGGGAUCUUGCUGCCAGGCCAUCGCAAGCGCAUCCUCUUUGGCCUCCAGAAGGCCUUCAUGGAGGCUCCACCAGGCAUGGAGGGGCCUGCGGUGGCAGCGAGGAGGCCGGUCCCCAUGAAACGCAACAUUUUCCGGGUCAGCACAGAUGCUGUGACCGCCUGGGCAGAGCCGGAGCUCAAAGGUGACUCGCCCACGUCAGCCAGCGGAAAGUCUCCUCUUCUCACGGAGAUGGAGAACCCUGCCGGCCUCAGCCAGGUGCCCCCACCCAUCCCGCCGAGACUGGGGUGUCGCCCUCCCAUCAAGUUCUCCUCAAUGUCGCCUCCUGUCUCUGCUGAACUGUCCCCUGCUGUCCCCUGUCGCUCCGAACUGCCCUCCUUCACUGACUUUGCCCCUCCACUGCCUGCUCCUCUGCCAGCCAGAGACAAGCUCUCUCUGGGGCCAGCGGUCCCAGAAGGGAAGGGGAAACUACCGCUGCCCCCUUUGCCAGUGAAACGCCACCAGCUGGAGACCAAGCCCCACUCCCUCAAGGUGCCCCCCCUGCCAAGCCGACCACCCUUGCUGCCGCCAAGGGCUUUGUCCCAGAGGACGACCACCAGCUUUCCUGCUAGAGAGGAAUCUCAAGCCCCUGAGCCGGUGCCUAUUGUCCCACCCCCUCUGCCUCCUGUCCUUCCCCCUGUGAAACCACAACAACAGAGCCCCCCGAUACUGCCUCCUAGACCAGUCGAUCUCUUCCAGCCGGAGUUUGAUGACUCUGACUAUGAAGAACCCCCGUGGGAGGAGGAAUUGGCAGCUGCCACGGGAGAAAUGAGUGACAAGGACGAUGCCGAGACCAUGAGGGGGAGGCCACACUCGGAGCGAGUCAACAGUCUGUUCAGCGAGGACGAGCUCAUUGAAGACUAUUACGACCCGCCACCGGCUGCCAAUGACAGCAGCUGUUGGAAUGACUAUGGCUUGAGCACCCCGCAGUCCAGCGGCACGGUAUCCUCCCGCAGCUCCAGCAUGCACAGCGGCAGCACAGAGGGGUUGGAUGCCCCCGCCCAGUUCUUACCCAUCAUCAAAGCCGGGUGGCUGGACAAGAACCCCCCGCAAGGCUCAUACAUCUACCAGAAGCGCUGGGUGAAGCUAGACGCCGACUACCUCCGAUAUUUUGACAGCGAAAAGGACACGUAUUCCAAGCGCUUCAUUCCGGUGACCUCAAUAACCCGCGUGGCCAGCAUUGGAGACCAGAAAUUCGAGGUGAUAACUAACAACAGGACCUUCGCCUUCCGGGCUGAGAGUGAUGCGGAUCGUAACGAGUGGAUGAGGACCCUCCAGCAGAUGGUGGACGAGCGGAAGUUCAAGGCUUUGAACAGGAUAUCCCUGUUCCAGCUGGCCAUCGGCACCUUGGACUCAGUGGACAAGUGCGGGCUGCUGGAGCUGCGGGGCUUUAAGAACAAGCUGUACGUGGUGGUGGCUGGAGAUAAGGUUUUCCUGUACAAGAACGCCGAGGAUUAUCGACAGGGGAUCGGAAUCACCUACAUUGAGAUGAAUGUGGGGAACGUGAAGGAUGUGGACAGAAGAGGAUUUGAUCUGACAACGCCUUACAGGAUCUUCAGCUUCUCGGCAGACUCAGACCAGGAGAAGGAUGAGUGGGUGGAGGCCAUGCAGCAGUCCAUCGCUGAGGCUCUCUCCAACUCGGAGGUAGCGGAGAAGAUCUGGUCGGUGGAGGCAAACCAGUUCUGCGCCGACUGCGGGUCGCCCAAACCCGACUGGGCCUCCAUCAACCUUUGUGUCGUCAUCUGCAAGAGAUGCGCAGGAGAACAUCGGGGGCUGGGGCCGAGCAUCACCAAAGUGCGGAGCCUGAAGAUGGACAGAAAGGUGUGGACGGAGGAGCUGAUUGAGCUGUUCUGCAAGAUUGGUAACUGCGUGGCGAACCAGUUCUGGGCAGCCAACGUGCCCCCCAGCGAGGCCAUCCACACGGUGAGCGGGAGCCAGGAGCGGAGACGCUUCCUCGUAGCCAAGUACAAGGAGGGCAAGUAUCGGCGCUACCACCCGCUCUUUGGGAACCAGGAAGAGCUCAACAAGGCCCUGUGUGCUACGGUGACGACCAGCGACCUGGCUGAAACUCAGUCCCUGGUGUUCUGCGGGGCGGAGGUGAGCUGCUUCUCCGGGGACCCCAACUUCCCGAACCCCAUCGCCUUAGCCGAGCAGGCUGGACAGAAGCUGCAGAUGGAAUUCCUGCUUCAUAACAAAAACUCAGAGAUCCCGCGGGUGGAAGCGGGGUGCAGUGAGGAGAAGCACUACUCGGUGAUCCUGCCGUCCGUCACUCACAACGGCUUCCUCUACAAGAUGCCCUCCAUGGCCAAGCUGAUGCAUGAACGGAAAUCCCGGGAAGAAUUCAGCCGCCGCUGGUGCACCCUCAACGACAGCAUCUUCAGCUACUACGAGAACGACCGCAACGCCGUGCCUAAUGGCGAGAUCAAGAUGGAGGAGAUCGUGUGCCUGGUGAACAACCCGCCUGACACCCACGGGUUUGAGAGCACAUUUGAGGUCUACAUUGAAUCAGAGAGACUGUACCUCUUUGGGCUGGAUAACCUGGAGGCCAUUCGGAAGUGGGUCAAGUCCAUAGCCAAGUCCUUCGUCCACCCCCGAGCGGAUGAGCUGCUGAGCCACGACUUCGAGAGGAUCGGGCGGCUGCAGUACAAGGGCGGACUGAACCUGCAGCGGGCCAAGGAGGGCUGGUUCGCCCUCACCCAGUCCACCCUCUACGCCUUCUUUGAGGACAGUGACAAGGAGGAGGCACUGCACCUGAAGAAGCUGCAGGAGCUCUCCGUCCAAGGGGACAGUCUGGUUCUGGUGGAGAGAAGAAGGACGCUGUACAUCCAAGGGGAGAGGAAGCUGGAUUUCUUGGGCUGGGUGGCUGCCAUCCAGAAGGCUGCGGGGAGCUCCGGUGACACGUUGUCUGAGCAGCAGCUCACGGAGUCGGACAUCCCUGUCAUCGUAGACAGAUGCACGAUUACAUCACGCAGGCGGUACGUCCUCACCCAGGAGUUCCCUGUCUGUGGGCUGACCUCGGAGGGGAUCUACAGGAAGAGCGGCCAGAACUCCAAGACCACCAAUCUGCUGGAGAUGCUCCGGAGGACGCGCGCAGGGUCGGCUCCAAGGAAGGGGUAGCACCAGGUGGACGACGUCUCCAACACGCUGAAGAGGUUCUUCCGAGACCUCGGGGAUGGGCUCACCAAAGAGUUCUGCCAGGACUGGCUGAAGGCAGCAGCGAUUGAAGACGAGGAGGAGAAGAUUGGCCAGUACCGUCGGCUCCUGAGCAGCCUCCCCAUGGUGAACAGAGCCACAGUCAAAGCGCUGAUCAACCACCUGUACCGGGUCCAGUACUUCUCCGACAUGAACCAGAUGAACACACACAACCUGGCUAUCGUCUUUGGGCCGACGCUCUUCCAGACGGACGGGAAGGACUACAAGGCGGGGCGCGUGGUGGAGGAUCUCAUCAGCCGCUACGUGGUCAUAUUUAGCGUGGACGAACAAGAGAUGAGGAAACAGCAGGACGAGAUCACGGCCAUCAUCAAGAUGCGGAUAGCCGGCUCGUCUAGUGGAACCCAGCAAGCCGGGGACUUCAUCUGCACAGUGUAUCUGGAGGAGAAGAAGACGGAAGCAGAACAGCACAUCAAGAUCCCAGCCACCAUGACGGCGGAAGAGCUGACCUUCGAGAUCUUGGAACGGAGGAAAAUUGUUAUGAAGGAGAAGGAGUACUGGAGCUGCUUCGAAGUGAAUGAGAGGGAGGAAGCAGAGCGGCCCUUGCACUACUCUGAGAAAGUCCUGCCUAUCUUGCAUGACCUGGGGACGGACAGCUUCCUGGUGGUGAAGAAGCAGCUGUCCAUGGAGAAUAUGCUCAUCUAUCUAGCCAGCAGAGUGGGCGACAGCAAGCACGGCAUGAUGAAGUUCCGGGAGGAGAGGAACCUUCUGGGGCUCGGGCUGAGCACGGGCUUCCACGACCGAUACUUCAUCCUGAACCACAGCUGCCUGAGGCUCUACAAGGAAGUGCGGAGCUUGAAGCAGCGGAUGCCUGCUGUGGAAAACAGCCACAGACCGGAGAAAGAGUGGCCAGUCAAGAAUCUGAAAGUUUAUCUGGGAAUUAAGAAGAAACUGCGCCCUCCAUCCUGCUGGGGAUUCACGGUGUUCUGUGAAAACGAGAAGCAUGAAAAGCAGCAGUGGUACCUGUGCUGUGAUACGCAGAUGGAGCUGCGCGAGUGGUUCGCAACCUUUCUCCACGUACAGAACGGCGGGAACGUGUGGCCCUCCGAAUCCUCCAAGGUGCGGGCGUCACGGACGCAGCAGGACUCCAGGUUGGGUAACAUCUCGCUCAUCCCUCUGCGGGGCAAUGAGAAUGAGAUGAGGAACAGUGUGGCUGCUUUUGCUGCUGAUCCGCUAACUCUUCUUCGAAACGUAUGAGCCGGAGACCUAACACAUCAGGUCCGUUUGCAAGAGGGGGGAGCCAGCCUGAGAGCCCAGGUGCGCACAAGUCACGUCACAUUGUCCCUGCUCACCCAGCGGGGUCUGCGCAGAGACCGGGGGACUCCCAGAAUGUGUGCCGGCCCCUCGAUCCAAUCAUUUCUUUCUACAGCAAAGCCGACAGCAGCAGGAAAACGAUAAGCAACUGUGUUUGAUUUAAGGAAAAUGAAUCCAUUGGCAAAGAGCGGCUUCUAAAGGGUUAAUUAUUCAAGCAGACACUGUCUCAUCAGUCAUCUUGCCGGCUGUCCGUGCCGUGACCAGCCGAACCCCAGAGACGGGGCAGAGGAAGCUGUGCUGGGAUGGACUUUCUGGACCCAUCACUUCACCUGGGAGUGUCUUUCUCCCCCAUCACCAGCUGCUUCUUGCUUCUUCUUGGGUCCUGAAUUAAAACUGGAAGGGCGCAGGCUGGGAUGGCCCCUCUCUGGUGCCAGCUGCGGCUCAGGGAGGGGUUAGGGGCUGGGGGCACUCUUGCUUUCUUUAAAAUUCUUUCUCUCUAUUUGAAACCGCAAGCCACCGAAAGGCAGCAAGGACCACGCAGCCAGUCCAGGCAGAGACCUUCCCGCAAGGGUGCUUCUGCUGGUGGAAGCAUUAAACCUUCCCAAGGAGGAGCGACGGGCUAACCCCAGCUGUUCUGUAUCACUACGUUGGAGAAGGGCUGAAGACGACCCAUGGGGGAAGCGGAUGGAAGGCUCCCAUCGCUGCUGCUGGCCCCUCAGAGCCACACGCCGCUUCUCUCCUUCUCCCAGGCCGCCCGAUCCCGUGACCGCAUAGGCCUUUUGGGUGAAAGAUUCGCGAGCAGGGCUUUAGAGCAGGGAGAGUCCAGCGCCCAGCCGUGGGCAUGUGGAGAUGGCUGAGUGGAGUCACGGCUGGGACGCGUGGCUUGAGGGGCCUUGGUGGAAGCAGCAAGAGACUGGGGCGCGUGUGGGGGGACGGGACUCUGGACCAGCCUGAAGUUGAGCUUGGAGUGGGGCCGUUUGUCAUGGGAGUCUGUUGCCUUCUGGUGUGUAGGAAACUGCAAACUGUGUCUGCAGCAGCUGUGGGCAGGGAGAGGGGCCAGUGCUGUCCUGGACAAUGGCAUCCUUGGUUAUGGUUAAUAUUAAACGCCUGGGGAAGCCCAUGUGAUGGUGUCCCCGUGAUUCUGGGCUGCAGGGCAAAGGGAGGGGCUGGCAGCCUGAAUGCAGCAGGCUAAUGCUGGGGAUGUCCUGUUACCCCUGGGCUGCAAGCUGAGAUAAAGGGGCAAAGAACCGUGGGCUUGGGGCUGCAGGCCAAGAUGGGGGAGUGGGGGAGGGUCAGUUGCUUCCCCUAGAGGUGAAGAUGGAGGAGCAUGAGCCCAUUAUUUUAGGGCCCCAGGCCAAGACGGAGGAGCAGUGGCCCUCUUCCUCAGGACUCUAAGUUGGGACAGAGAGAAAGAGGCCAGUUUCUGUCUCCCUCAAUGUUCAAAAGUGGGUGCUCAGAGAGCCGAGCGAUCAAUCGCUAAUGCACUAGGCAAAGCCAGAUCAGUUGCUAAUACUAUCAGGCAAAGCCAGAGCGUUCUCCAGGUGGCUAGCUACAUGGGAGAAUUCUUCUGUUUAAUAGUCUCCCUUUUCUUUAAAAGCCUAGGAGGUUCUAGACCCAAAAAAAGAUGUUAAAAGAACAUUACAUCUGCAUGGUCAAGCACUCAAAAGCCAGGAAAUGUCAAAAGUAAGGUUAUCCAGGCAACCUUAACUCUGCCCCUUGAACAUUAUGGUAUAGUGUUUAAUGAUGUGAUCACAUGCCAUUUUCUCUGCAAACCCUCUGCCCCAUUCCUUGUUUGGUGAAUGAGGCAGGGACCACACAGUGAGCAGCUGUCUUGUUCACUGCAUGCCAGGCAGCUUGUGCCUUGCACGAGGCAGGUGCUGCAGGAAACCAGUGUGUGAUCCUGUAAUUAAAGAGUGUAUUGUAACCCAUACCUAGGGGGAAGAGUUAAGGUUAUGCAGCAGUCUGUAACCAGAUAACCUUAACGUAAGUGUCUUUUUGGUAUGGAAUAGAGUAGUAAUGUUCUGUCUAUAUAUAACAUCUUUCAGCUGGGGAAGACAGAGCACUUUACAAAGGAGAAAAGGGUAAUGUUGCUCUUUCUAUCAGGGCUCACACUCUAAAGAACAGGUCAGAUGCAAUGCCUUGGAAAACUGAAGUUAGAAUUAAGCAUGGCCAUUUAUUCUGUUAACCUGGGCCAAGGAAAGGGGGCCAUAGGGAUAAUAAACGUUUUGCACUUCCUUAGCCUCUUUUGCCCAAGGAUCUCUAAGCAUUAGGAGAGCUGCAUUGUAAGGGUUAGAUGGGGGGGUGGUUCAGAUCACGUUUCACUCCCCCUCACACACUCAAACAUAGCCAGUGUCAGGACUGGACACGGCUGCUGGUUAACAUCAGCAUUGCACACCACGUCGGGACAGGAAGCGAAGAUGAAUGCCAUAUCUUGCUGAAGCUACAGGGGGAAUUUAAGGAGGCCAGCUGGAGUGAUCCAAGUAGAAAUCGGCCCAGGAGCCUGGUGUUAACACCCCCUACUCUUGGGGUACCAGGCAAGCUAUGGCCAGUGCUGGAACCUAGUUUCUUUGCAUAAAGAAGCCGAGAGACCAAGAUGACUGGCUGCUCAGAAACAGCAUGUCCGGUUAGCUAGGGAAUUCCAUCCCAUCCUGGUGGAGGGUGACCUGGCCUCAGUUUUUCAGGCCUUCCUUGCCUGUCCUCUGGAUUCCAGCAAUACAACACACCUGGGCAUGAAGCCUUCAGGGUUUAGGAAACUUCAACUAAUACAUAACAUUGCAGCAUGUCUCCUUAGCAACAUGGGCUACCGCGAGCACAGCAGAUCUGCCCUCUGCUUCCCACAGAUCACUGAAUCCAGCUACAAAGUCCUUGUUUUCAGAGUAGUCAAUGGCCUCAGCCCAGGGUAUCUAAAAUAGCCUGCGGUGCCAAGAUCGGGACUGGAGUGGAGCUCUCUGCUCCUCUGGUACAGUCGAACUUUCCACCAUCAUCUGUGCAGGAGACAGAACUUUGUCAGGGGCUGGUCCCAGACUGCGGAGUCAACUCCCCCAGGAACUAAGGACCGUCACAGACCUCCUCACCUUCCACCCCAAGGGCAAUAGGAGCUUCUCCAAUCAGCCUUCUCGAACAGAGGAAGAUGAUGGAGGCUGUCAGGCAGCCACUUCUGGCUUCCUGAUGUAUGCCACUUGGCCCUGGCAUUAACUGGAACAGCUGAGGAGCUGCUCUAACUUACACCUGUGGUGAAAUGUCCAUGAGACAGGACACGGGUGCUCCAUGGGUCUCGCCACCUCUCAGGAUUUGGCCAUAGGAUUGUAGGAAACAGCUGCAACCAUGCAGAGGUCUAAGGUACCGUACCAGGGCGCAGAGCAGUUAUUCAUUAAUGAUGCUGAGGUGUCCAGUGAAUCUAGUUUGUUGGCUAGCUGGAGAUUUUCGAACCAGUUGUCAGGUUCCCAUUCCCCAAACCGCUCCUUGAAAUAUGCUUCUGAAGUAGAUGCUGUCUGUGUGCAUCUGGUUCAGCAAAGCCAACAUGAAUAGCAAAUGAUUAACAGGGAAUGAAUGCUAGGAGUAACUGAGUCCCCCAGGGAUGAGAGAGAGAGCGGGAUAAAGAGCCCCACUCAGGCUGCAGAGAAACAGGCACCAGAGUCAAAAGCUAUUCUGGCUGGAGAUCCAAGACGCUGGAAGCAGCUCACUGCUCUGCUUGGCAAAAGACUGAGACCCCUGUUUAUGCCUUGUGGGCAUAAAAUGGACUGAAAUUGGGGCCCCUACAUGCUGCUUGGGGUUUUACACUGUGUGUCGUAUGCAUUAUGGAUGGGAAAAGUCCAACUAUUGAAGAGAGAUGGUCAGGAACCAGAUUUUCCAUUCUGUAGAUCUUUUUUUUCUUUUCUGUUCCUAAAUGGAACGAAACCAAAAAACGUGGACAUUUCCCGCAAUGUGAAAUUUCAGGGGGCGGGGGAAAUUGUUUUAGGUCAGUUUGAAACAUUUUGUUCCAACUUCAACUUUUUCAAUUUGCUACGACGUUAUCUAAGAUAAAAUAAAGAAAUGGAAAGUUGUUCCCCAGGGAGAUUCGGGGCAGCUGUUCAUUGGGUUUUGGUUUGGUUUUCCUGAAAUGAAAUUUUGAGAUCAGCGUG